AUGCAUUUUAUUUUAUACAUAUUAAUUGGUAUUUUGUGGGGGUGUACAAACGUGUUUAUAAAAAUCGGAUGCAAAGAACAAAAAAAAGAAAAAAAUACAAUAGAAGGAAUUGUUACAAUAUUAAAAAACAUCAACAUUAUUUUACCAUAUUUGUUAAAUCAGAUUGGGUCUAUGUUUUAUUAUUUUUUAUUAUUUAAAUCGGAUAUAUCAUUAGCAGUGCCUUUAUCAAAUGUUUCAUCUUUUGUUUUUACAUAUAUUACUGAAAUAAUUAUUUUAAAAAAAAAUAUUACAUACAAAUCUGUAUUAGGAUUAACAUUAAUUUGUAUAGGAUUAAUAAUUUGCCUAAACUCUUAA